AUGGCUACGCAGCAAAAGCUUACCUUUGAAGAUGUGAUGGGCUGUCAGUCGGCAUGCUACGAGUGGGCGGACAGCUAUGACAGCAAGGAUUGGGACCGGCUGCGCAAGUGCAUCGCACCCUCCUUGAAGAUCGACUACACGUCGUUCCUUAACAAGUCGUGGGAAGCUAUGCCCGCGGAGGAGUUCGUGGCGAUGGCAUCGGAUCCCGCUGUCCUCGGCAACCCGCUUCUGAAGACACAGCACUUCAUCGGUGGUACCCGCUGGGAGAAGACGGCCGAGGACGAAAUCACAGGCUACCACCAGCUCCGUGUACCGCACCAGAGGUACACGGACGAGACACGCUCCAAGGUAGCGGUGAAGGGCCAUGCGCACAGCUUCAACACGCACUGGUACAAGAAGGUCGAUGGGGAGUGGAAGUUUGCGGGACUCAACCCUGACAUCAGGUGGUUCGAGUAUGACUUCGACAAGGUUUUCGCCGAGGGGCGCGGUGCGUUUGGAGACGAGGAGCAACAGUCUGAAGCUGCGCACGCGAGUGGAAUACCAACGAAAUAG